CGUCUUUGUUUCCUACAUAACCUAUAAUAUUAAAGUUUGGAAAAGUAAUAUUAGCAAAACAAAUUAUUAUUUUAUUAAAAAUCACUAUUAUCAAUAUGUCAACAUAGUACAAUUUCAAAUUAAUGAAAACGAAAACCCUAUUGUCAUACUCAAAGAUGGGUUGAAAUUCCUAAUACCAGUGUAUAUUUAAAAAAUAUGUGUUAUGCAGAAGAAAUUGAUAAACAGGCUUCACCAUUACAAUCUGCAUUUGCCGGCGGAGCGGCUGGUGCUGUAACAAGAGCAAUAGCACAACCCUUAGAUGUAUUAAAAAUAAGAUUUCAAUUACAAACCGAACCUAUAAAACUAGGCUCUAAAUACAGUUCAAUAAUUCAAGGGUUGUCAUCAAUUAUAAAAGAAGAAGGUUUCUUCGCACUAUGGAGCGGGCAUAUACCGGCUCAAUUACUUUCAAUAUCUUAUGGUAUUCUACAAUUUUCUACAUUUGAAAAACUUACAGAAUUAUGUAAGAGAUCAGACCCUAACUUUUAUAUUGAACAUAAACAUUGGUUGAACUUUACGAACGGGGCCACCGCGGCGACAAUAGCUACGAUAGUGUCGUUCCCUUUUGAUACUAUAAGGACAAGACUAAUUGCUGAACAAAAGACACAAAAAGUGUAUAAAGGAUUUAUAAAUGCUUUCUCUAUAAUUAUUAGAACUGAAGGCAGUAAAGCAUUGUUCAAGGGUCUAGUACCAACAUUAGCUCAGAUAGCUCCACAUGCAGGGAUACAGUUUGCGGUGUACAAAUUGUUAACAGAUAACAUAUUUAAUAGGAUAAAGUUUUUUCAGAGGUCUACAACAUUCGGAGUUAUAGAAUCGUCAUUAUUAGCUAAUUUUCUAGCAGGUGGUAUAGCUGGUAUUGUAUCUAAAACUGCUAUAUAUCCAUUUGAUAUUGUUAAGAAAAGGUUGCAGAUACAAGGUUUUCAGCAACAUAGAAAAGGUUUUGGUAAACAAAUGUAUUGCAAUGGUUUAUUGGAUUGUAUAAGGCUUACCAUCACAGAUGAAGGGUUCUUAGCACUUUAUAAAGGUUAUGGGCCCAGUGUACUUAAAGCUAUUUUAGUUUCAGCUUUACAUUUUGCUGUUUAUGAUGAGAUUAAAUACUUUUUGUUGAGAUUAUAACAUUAAGAUAUGAAAUAAGUAAGAUUUGAUGUACAGUCAGGUGCAUAAGUAUGUUUACCAAGCUAAAGAAACUUGCAUAUGCUUUCAGUUUCAAAACUUGUCUUUCUGUACGCUUCCUACUGUGAACACAUGUUAUUGAAUGAUUAGUGCAUAAACAUAUUUGUUACAAGACCUAUAAAGUUUCUAAUGUUUGUUAAAUAUAUACAAUAUUUUUGCAGUUGACUGUACAAUCACUUAGCUAAAGUUGUCAUGUCAUCUUAUAAAAAAACAUAAAGAUAAAUUGAGUACCUCCUUCUUUUGGGAAGUAGGUCAUGAGUUUUAAAAUAAGAAUAUAGUCAUAAAAGCAUGUAAGUUGUACAUGGUAUACUAUCCAAAGAUUAAAAUAUGCUGAGACAAAGAGUAGAGAAAGUUGUUCUAGUUUAAGUUAUUUUAAUUUGUAAGGCUAAAUUGGGUCAUCUUUUUAUGUCUUCAGACUUUGUUAGAAUACCCUGCUAACAGCACCUGAGAAAAUAUUUCUCAACUAAAUAGAUUCAAAAUGAAGUCUUUAUUUUUUUAAAAAUCAGCUGCAUAAAUAUGCAUACAUUUACCAAGCUAAAAGAUGUGUAAAUGUGGAUUUAAAAAUUCAUUACAUCACAUAGACUAAACAAGCUGCAGUAUUUUUUUCAUUAGUAUUUCUGCCAAAUAAAUUCAGGAUUUUCCUGUGUAAUAAAGUAUUAUUUAUCAAAUAUGGUGAUAUAUUGGAUCUAUUAAAUUGUAAGCCAUAAAGUAAAAGAAGAAAAAUUUAAUUACAAAGACUAUAAUAUAAUUAUUUAAAGUGCAACAAUGUAAAAAGGUGCUUUUUAAACUGUUUUGUUAGUGUAGUCGUUAAUAAC